AUAGAUAAUCUUGUCAGCUUAAGUAUAUAUUUAAUAUAUAUAAAAACGUUACAUAUUAUAAAAAUUAACAUAUCAGUUCGUCUGGUUUUAAAGCUUGAAAGAAAUCUUCUGUUUAUUAAGUAAUAUAUAUUCAUCCAUCCCAAAGCACUGCGCAGUGCAAGUCUGAUUUAAAUCUCCUGCUCUGCCCACUCCUGGACUCCAUCUUCAGGUCCAUCACCAGCUCCAUCACCAUCCUGGCAACUGCAACUCCAACUCAUGGUAAUUGCCUCUGGAGCUCCUCUUUGCAUUAUGGCUGCCGGCGAUGCCUUGGACUUGAAAGUCGCACCGACGUGACCGCCGUCCUCGUCUGGCGUCAGUUGGUGGCGACAUCGACAUGUCCUCGGAUCCUCCGCUUCAACCCCCCUUCCUCCUCCCUAGGCUCCUUUGGCAAUGGCUUUCGGGCAAUUAAUGGAUGAAUACUUUAACCCCCAACCCCCAAUCACCAGCCGUUGGCAGGCCAAUCAAUCAAGUUUUUUUGUCCCAUCGCCUUUGCAUGCACCGCCAAGAUUCAAGAUGGAGUUCAGGGCUUCUCAAUCCAUUGGAUACCGCCAUCCAUCGCAGAAAACAUAAAUAUGCAAGCCUCUCGCGGUGCCAGAAAAAACGAUCCUAACUUCCAGAGGUGCACGCACACACACUAGUGGCCAAAUUUACAUUGCAUGUGCUGGGGAGUUUGGUAUUAAAGAACCUUUGUAAAAUACCCUAAAAAAUAUAUAUGUAAAUUAAAAAUUAAAUAUAUUUUUAAGAGGCAUAAUGAAAAAAAGAAUUGUCAGAAAGGAUUACAAUAUGAAAACAAUCAAAGCACUAUCUCGCAACAUGUCAGAUAAGAUGAAAAUGAGCCUUGACGACAUUAUCAAGAUGAAAUUUAAUAAGAACAAGUUUGUUAAUGCCAAAAAUGAACGUGUUCAAGGAGGAUCGAUCAGAAAGCGAAAUUCAGAAGGCGGACUUAGAGGAAUUCAAAGGUCCCGCAACGGAACUGGAUUCAUUCGGAAGAGCAAAUUCAAACAGGAAACCCUUUUGAAGCCGCCAAAAAAACCGACUCUUGUCAUGGUUUGCAAUUUGGAUUACGGAGUGGAUGAUGACGACAUCAUGGAGCUUUUCAAUCAAGACGGCGUGGUGGAGAAAGGUUUUGUGCACUAUGAUCGCGAUGGUAACUCAUUGGGCACCGCUCACUUGUCGUUCAAAUAUCGCGAAGAGGCCUUCCAGAUCAUCGAGCAGUUCCACGGAGUCCGUUUGGAUGGACGCCGAUUGAAAUUACAUCUCGUACAAAACACAAGAAAUUUUAAACGCACUGAUGUCGAUGAUCUUUCCUUGCGGAUGGGUUCUUUCAAGACUCGUUUCUUGCAGAAUGGUACUUUUAAGACUCGUUCCUUGCAGAAUGGUUUUCAGAAGUCUCGUCUUUUUCGCAAUAGUUCCUUCAAGCCUCGUCCUUUCAAGAAACAUAACUUUAAGUCUCGAGCGUUCGAUACUGAUUUCUAAGACCUUCUAGCGAAAUGGAUACUUUGUCCUGCUACAGCCUCAAAUUAGAUCAGAAUUUUAUGCCGAAAACAAUUGGGGGGACUUUUCGGAUCGCAAAUAAAGCAUAAUAUACCCAUAAAUUAACAUGAAUACACAUAUGAAUAAUGAAUCUUGGUACAAAGGAAUUACACUGUUCAGAUAAUAAUAAAUGUACUUACAUAUG